AUGAUUUCACCUUCUCAUUCUGAUGUCUCAAGCUGUCCUUUAAAUGGGAUUCUCUAUGCACAGACUGGCGAUCUCAGCAAACUUCCUCUUCUCUGCCAUUAUCCUGUUAAGGCAGCAUACAUGAGCAAUGAUCCUGACUAUCUGAGUUGCAAGAAGAAGGAAUGCAAAAAGUAUCGGAAUGGUCGAUGCUUGGUGUCCACUUGUGGUGGUGCAUUAUCAUUUCAUGUUAUUAACAUCAGAACGGACAUUGAAUUUGUGUUGUUUUCUGGUGGAUUCGAGGCACCUUGCAUUUUGAAAAGGUCAAGCCCUGUGAGAUUUGCCACUCCAAAUAAGCCAUUAUAUGGACAUCUAUCGAGCAUAGAUUCGACGGGAACAUCGAUACGAUUAACAUGGGGUUCAGCUCUACCAAGUCCAGCCAAGGACUUCGGAUGGCAUGACCCAGGCUUCAUUCAUACAGCAGUAAUGACAGGACUUAAGCCUUUAUCUAAUUUCUCUUAUAGAUAUGGAAGUGAUUCAGUUGGUUGGAGCAAUGAAAUCCAAUUCCGGACUCCCCCAGCAGGAGGAUCUGAUGAACUCAAAUUUCUCGCAUUCGGUGAUAUGGGAAAGGCUCCUCGUGAUGGUUCGACGGAGCAUUACAUUCAGCCAGGAUCCCUCUCAGUAAUUCAAGCAAUGGCUGACGAAAUAAAUUCAGGGCAAGUAGAUUCUAUCUUCCACAUUGGAGACAUUAGCUACGCCACUGGAUUUUUAGUUGAAUGGGAUUUUUUCCUACACCAAAUAAGUCCUGUCGCUUCUCGAGUUUCUUACAUGACAGCUAUUGGAAACCAUGAGAGGGACUAUAUAGACACUGGAUCAGUUUACAUAACCCCAGAUUCAGGUGGAGAAUCUGGUGUUCCUUAUGAGACCUAUUUUCCGAUGCCAACCCCGGCAAAGGAUAAGCCAUGGUAUUCCAUAGAACAAGCAAGUGUUCACAUCACGGUGAUAUCUACAGAGCAUGACUGGUCCCAAAACUCUGAGCAGUAUCAAUGGAUGAGAAGGGACAUGGCUUCUGUUGAUCGAUCCAAAACUCCUUGGUUGAUUUUUAUGGGGCAUAGACCCAUGUAUACCUCCGCAGAUGGACUCUUCCCCAAUGGAUUACCAUUACUGCUUCAAAGCAAAGUUGAUUUGGUCCUAUUUGGUCAUGUCCAUAACUACGAGCGAACCUGCACGGUUUAUAAGAGUCAAUGCAAGGGAUUGCCUGUUAAAGAUGAAAAUGGGAUCGACACAUACGAUCAUAGCAACUACAGUGCCCCAGUGCAUGCAGUAAUUGGUAUGGCUGGCUUUACCUUGGACAAGUUUCCAACUGGUGUAAGUAAUAAUCGUUGGAGCUUAUCGAGGAUUUCUCAAUUUGGUUAUCUCAGAGGAUACGCCACAAAGAAGGAGAUGAAAUUAGAGUUCGUGAACGCAGAUACAAGAAAAGUUGAGGACAGGUUCCGCAUUACAAAAGCAAGCUCAUCUAAUUAG